CUCACGGAUUGAGGCGUGGCUUUAAAUCGGGUGUGGCGGGGACAUGUGGCGAAGUGUCGGCGUCCAGACGCGAGUGGGGUGAUGAACUCACGCCUCGCCGAAGGAAUCAUGGCAGAAAUCUGAAGAGGAAGCGCUGAGAAAUCCCGGUGACAUGGACCCACAGUGAUUCUUUGCCGGUGCUUCCGGAGUUUGAGGUCUCCAAGGCAGGAUUACCGCAGCUCACAGCAUAGAAGGACGUCUGGUUGUUUGUUUGUUUGUUUCACCUGAAGGCUUUUCAUUCUGACAGAAGGAUGGGGCUGCUGCAGUUCUUGAAAUCCCAGUUUUGGUGCCAGCUGAUCAUAUGCUACGUGUUCCUGGUGAGCGGACUGCUUAUCAACCUGAUCCAGCUCUGUACCUUACCUCUGUGGCUGGUCAGUAAGCAGCUGGCCCGAAGGAUCAACACCAGACUGGCCUACUGCAUCGCCAGUCAGAUGGUAGCGGCCCUGGAGUGGUGGUCUGGGACAGAAUGCUCGCUCUACACCGACCCGGAGAGCUACCAGCUCUACGGAAAGGAGAACGCUAUCGUGGUCCUCAACCACGCUUUUGAGAUCGACUUUCUGUGCGGAUGGACCUUCUGCGAGCGAUUUGGAGUUCUGGGGAGUUCAAAAGUGUUGGCCAAAAAGGAGCUGGCCUACGUCCCAGUGAUCGGCUGGAUGUGGUAUUUCCUUGAGAUCGUUUUCUGCAAAAGGAAGUGGGAGGAGGACCGGACAACUGUGGCUCAGAGCCUCCAGAGGCUGCGCGACUACCCUGAGAACUACUGGUUCUUGCUUCACUGUGAAGGAACACGCUUCACCCAAAAGAAACACGAGAUCAGCAUGAAAGUGGCUGAAAGCAAAGGUUUACCUCAACUCAAGUACCAUCUUCUGCCCAGGACCAAAGGAUUUCAUGUAACUGUGCAAAACCUCAGGGGCUGCGUCGCGGCCGUUUACGAUUCGACGCUGAACUUCAGGAACAAUGAAGUACCGACCCUGCUGGGAAUUCUCAACGGAAAGAAAUAUCACGCAGAUUUAUACGUCAGGAGGAUUCCUUUAGAGUCGGUUCCGGAAGAUGAAGCUGAGUGUGCCGCUUGGCUGCACAAACUUUACCAGGAAAAGGAUAGCUUUCAGGAGCACUACACCCAGACGGGGCGAUUCCCCGCCCCCGUGGUGAGCCCUCCACGUCGGCCCUGGUCCCUGAUCAACUGGCUCUUCUGGUCCUGCGUGGUCCUCCACCCUCUGGGCCUCCUGCUAGCCCAGCUGCUCAGCUCCGGAUCGACCCUCACCAUCGGCGGGGCUGUGGUUGUGUGCUCUGCAGUGUCCAUGGGAAUACGCUGGAUGAUUGGCCAGACUGAGAUAGACAAGAGCUCAAAUUACGGGAUUAAGGCGGCGCCUCUAAACAACAAUUAAGGAGCGCCGCUGUCUUCGGGGGCUUCUUCCGCAGAGAUCCGUAGAUGCGAAAGCGGCCCGCAGCAGGAAUGCCGGGGUGGGCAGAAACUCGACUGGGCCAACAAGUACAGGCCUGCUGCAGGGCGGCACAGCGCAGCCAGGCUGAAAAUCAUGCUGCAGCAGCUGAAAUGGAAGUUGGAGACAUGAGGGUGUGGGUUAUUUUAGCUAAAGGGGAAGUAUUUUUAAUAGGACCAAGGAGACUCCGUCACUUUUGCAAUCUAAAGUUAAAUAUUGGACUGCUUCUUUUGACCAUCGUGUAUGUAAACUGGCAUUUGCAUUGAGGAACAAUAAACGUUUUGAUAAAGAAAAUUA